CUCUCUUGAUUCUAGUAGCUAAGGUGUUUCUAGUUUUCAUAUUCUUGGUGCUAAUAAAAUGAAAAUUAUUCUAACAUUUUGGCUGUCAUCAAUCGUACUGGUCGGAAUCGACUCAUUUGCUACAUGUGGGUCAAACGAAAUCUGCAUCGAAGAGACCAAAUGUCCAAAAUUCAACCGGUACAAGGGAUUGUCGACCAAACCCCCGGAACAUCAUCGAAUUGUAAAGAAACUGUGUGAUCUCAAUCGUAACGACGAUUCUGCAGGAGCGAAUGUUUGUUGUCCAACUCCUAUAAACAGCCUCCAGUGUGGUCUGCACAUUAAUGAGCGCAGGGAUAGGGAGCUUAAUGCUCAUGUGUUCCAAUUUCCGUGGAUGGCCCUGUUGAGGGGCGUCUCGGGGGCUUUCCUGUGCGGUGGAACCUUGAUAAGUAGCCGAUACGUCUUGACGGCUGCCCAUUGCGCGGUUCGAGGUGUUCCAGUCGUAUCGGUGCGUCUGGGCGAAACAAACAUUCAUGACGCAAUAGACUGCACCGAGGACAGUUUUGGAGUCAUCCACUGUGCUGAUCCACCACUGGAUAUUGAUGUCAUACGAGUCAUUCGACACCCCCGUUAUAGCCAACGGACGAAAACGAACGACAUCGCUCUACUUCGGCUGAAGCGUAGGGUCGAUCUGUCCAACAGUGUACGUCCAAUCUGCCUUCCCAAAAGCCCAUCGGAAUUGGCAAUAUUGAAGCCCGAGUUUUGGAUCGUUUCCGGAUGGGGUCAAACGAAGGAGGGUGGAUCGUUCGAGACAUUGCGAUUCGGUAAGGUACUUCCGGUAGAGAUGGAUAGCUGUUCGUCUCGGGUGCGCACAUUGGAUACUUUCCUGGAGUUGGAGCAGAGCCAAAUAUGUGCCGGUGGUGACCCCCAGUGGCAGCCAGCUUGGUACAACUGUCCGGGAGACUCCGGUGGGCCACUACAGUACAUAUCCAAGCGGAAUAGUAGACUCACUCAGCAUGGGAUAGUUUCCUAUGGUGUGAAGAUGUGCGGCCUGUGGGACGAGCCGAGCAUAUACACAAAUGUGGCUAGCUAUUUGGAUUGGAUUAUUACUGUCGUCAAUUCAAUCCAGAUGCGGCAGCAGCUCAAAUUACAACGAAGGGAUCGAUGCCGCCGGAGAAAUUAUUGGACAUCCCGGCUGGGUGGCACCGAUUGUCGUUGUCCGGCUCGAAAUGGUCCUCGUUGGCCACCAGGGAGCGGAGGCGCUGGUUGUCGCAUCAACUACGGCAAGUGCCCUGAGCAGCACGACAGUCGACAUGCGAUACGGGGUCAGAAAGGAGCCGCAGGAGGCGAAGGCCACGUGUACUGCGUGCGAAUUUCGGUGUCAACAACGAUCGCAGGAAGCGAAAGCCGCGUGUACUGCGCCCAGAAACAGGUGGCCAAGACGAUCACAGGAGGCGGAAGCCGUCUCGAUCAGGAGAGACAUCGGCUGGCGCAUUCCGUUCGACAGCCUGAGCUGCACCAGUACCGCUGCAAAAGCAUCAAAUGCAACAAUUGCAUCAUUGAGAAAAAUCAGUGGCUCGAUCAUCGAACGGCUUGGCGCGCGUGUCAACGAGUCAAUAAAUCCACCACACCAAUCGACCAGUGGCUGCGGUGGAAUUCAGCGGCAGAAGAAGAAUGCAUUAAAAUGCGAGCCAUGAUACUAUUGAGCUACCGGAUCGAAAACACUUCCAUAAAACAACGGAAGCCGGGUAUCGUCGUGUCCCAGCAUCAUCAAGAAAGGCCUAUCUAUUUUCAUCUUUACCGCGGGAACUCGGCGGAAGACGGUCGAGGCCGUAACGGCUCCACCCUCCGUCCCCUGCUCGUUAAUAUCCAAUUCGACCUUGUGGAUGAUUUCGCUGGCAAAGAGCGGUGGCUGUUGGUGGUUGUCCUUGGAUUUCAACAUGGACGAAAGAUUACUGGUGACCGGGUUGAAGAUGCCCCUGACUGCGUAAAGCUUCCGGUCGGAAUUUUGCAUCGGUGUGACGACGAUUCGUCCGAAAGUCUCUUUCUCUUGGUAGGAUGCUGUCAAUUUACAUCGUGCAGUUGUCGACAGGAGUGCAUACCAUUUGAGGAAUGUGCUGAUUUCAAAUCCUACCAUGGCGUGCCAAACAGAAACUGGCCUGCGAGUAUUAGAACGCAGGUCAGGGAACAAAUAUGUGGAAGGUCAAAAGACGGGGGAGUGACGAUCUACAACGUGUGCUGUUCGAAAAAUGUUCCCAGCACCAAAAAGGGUCUGGGUCUGUUGGAUUUCGAAUGCUGCGGUCGAGUUGCGAGCGAUCGCGUAGCUUUCGGUAAAAACGCCAGAGUGUUCCAGUUCCCUUGGAUGGCGCUCAUCAAAGACAGUGAAACGUUCGUUUGCGGGGGAUCGCUUAUUACUCCGAGCCACGUGUUGACUGCCGCUCACUGCUUUCGCACCCUCAUUGUUUCGGUUCGACUUGGUGAAACUGACCUCAGCAAGGAGAUAGACUGCAACGCUAAAGACGAUUGUGCCCCCAAACCACAGGACAUUGCCGUCGACAAAGUUGUGAAACAUCCGCUUUAUAGUUCAUCCAAGAAGAAGAAUGACAUCGGUAUCGUUAAGUUGUCCAGACCUGCCAAACUGGGAGACAGUGUUGAAACAAUUUGUCUGCCUAUUCAAUCGAAGAUCGCUACUACUCCCAGUACGUCGGGUAUGUUCAUCACCGGUUGGGGAGCCACGGAACAUGACGUGUCUUCCGAUAUUAUGCAAUAUGCCAAAGUUCCUAUCACGAGCAACGCUGCCUGCACUGCAAGCUACAAAAGCAAGGGAUAUUCCAUUACCGUGGACGAAAGCCAUGUUUGUGCCGGAGGUAAAGACCGGGUCGAGAAUUGCAUCGGAGAUUCCGGAGGUCCGCUGCAGUACUUCAACGAAAACUCGAUCACCAUUCAGCACGGGGUAGUUUCGUACGGGCUGCAAACCUGCGGCGUCGACAAUUUGCCCGGAGUGUACGCCAGAGUGUCCUAUUACAACCAAUGGAUUCUGGAUAAUUUGAAUUAAAAUUCGCAAACUAAGAACAAAAAACUUUUCUUAUUUCACUGA